AUGAUAUUGCCAGGGAGGGUUGAUUUCAAGCAGGCCAUUAGUCAGCAAACAAAACCAUCUAAAACAAAGGAAAGAUCCACUCUAAAAUCAACACACUUUAGCCGCCGCAUCCCAUCGAAUAUUUGUGCUAAGGAGUACCCGUGUCUGGUCUAUAUCCGCAGGCAAAUUGAAUUAGACAAGAUUCAUUCAUUCAAGGUUGUGGUUCUUCGGUGGUCAGGAGCGUAUUGCGACACGGAACCAGUAAGCACUGUCAGCUAG